AUGGUCCCUAUAUGGUCCCUAUAUGGUCCCCAUAGUAGUGAGGCCAGCAAAGCGACCUUCCAGCGCCUCACUGCGGGCGGCUUGCUACGGCCCACACAUGUGACCUCGCGGGUGGCGCUAUCGCCCGUGUGGCCCCAUCGAAUUUGCCCAAGCUGCAUUGAGACGGUGGUUCUGCACACUGCUGCCCCGAGAUCCUUUUAUGAGUCCCUGCCCAAACUCCGGAGUGUUUCAUGGUGCAUGGCAAAUCCAAUCUGGUCUUCUGACCUUCCUCGUCCAAGUCCCACCUUCAUGUUGCCUGGUUUGCCUCGCAUGAUGCUUUACCUGGACCUGAUACGAAGAGGCUCGAAGACUUUCGUGACACUCCAAGUUGAGCGCUUGGAUCACGACUCGGCGGUGCUGCCUCUGUUUUUGUCCGUCUCCUUGCGGAAGCAGCUGCCCAGCUCGGAGCCCGAAUUCGGAAAGGUGAGACAUGGCCACGGCGAUGUGGCGCGCAGGGAACUGGAGAAGGCCUUGAGCUUGGCAUAUCUGCAGUCUUUGCAGCGUCAUGAAGCGGUGAUGAUGGUCUUACCAGCUGAAAGCUCCUCCUAUGGCGGUAUCGAGCAGUUCACCGAGAUGGUGGAAGCGGCAAAGUGGGAGGUCCACUUCGCAGCGACUGCCGCCAGUCAGGAGGAGCUUGGCUGCUUGCAGGUCAAAUCAGACACAGCCACAUGGAGAGUUGGAAAUGCAAAGAAAGUCUUGAACUGCGGCGGAGUAUCAUCCGAACCUUUCUCCCUGUCAGGCUUACGAGGAACCUGGACCAUGGAUCUGAAAUCGUCGAGUGCUCCGGUUCUGAGUUUAUGGCCGCCGCCUGCCCCCAGAAGCGGGCCACCGGUCCACUACCAACUGGAGCUUGGAAACUGUGGCCUGCGGACACUGGUGCAAUGUAGUUUGAUCCCAGGCUUUGAGGCAACCUUUCCAUUGGAUUUGUCCAUGGUAGAUCAGCAUGGAGCGUUGCAGAUCCGCUUGAAGCUGCUGCACUCAGAACGAUCUGAAGGCUUCGCCGUCUUUCCGGAUGGUGACCACAGCUGCUUGCUAAUGUGGCGCUUGGGUCAGGUUCAGCGCUUCCUAGAUGCAUCGGCCCUCAUCGUGUCCUCGCCUGCAUUUUGCAUGCGCGAUGACGACAACUGGGAAGGUUGUUUGUGGAUCACAUCGGAACUGGGCAGAGGGCUCCAUCUUCAGCUCCGCUGGCCGAAGCCGCAGGGCUUUCAGCUGGGCAAACAGCAGCUGUCGGGGAAGGUGGGAGCAAGUGAAUGGACAGAUGCACAGGGAGAAGCUUGGGAGCAGUUUUGA